AGGGCAUCUGCCUGGGGCGGCCGGGCCGGCCGGGGGCGACGCGCCACCGGGCCAGAAGCGCUGCAGCUGGCCAAGCCAGCCAGCUGGCGGGGGCCCGGUCCGGCGCCGAUCGGACCGACGGGCGUUCCGGGAGCGAUGGAGGGCGUGUUGGGGCCAGCCGUGGAGGAUGCGUCGGGAGGCCGCGGGCACGACGUCCAGGACAUCGGCGACGGGCAGGCGUCUUCCCAGGGCGCCUACCAGAUCAAGGCGACGGGCGAGACGAAAAAGGUCGACGCGCACCCGACCUCCAAGGACUCCGCUCGGAGGUCGACGGGCGCCAGGUCGACGGGCAGCAGGCCCUCGGUGGGCAGUGGGCGUUUCAGGCUCGAGUCGCGCUCCCCCCGGAAGAGCGUGCAGUUCGCCUUCUCCAGGGGCUCGGACGCCAGCUCGAGCUCGCCGCCGACUGGCGCCUGCGAGGAGCAGGACGGCGGGAACCCGCAGAGGGAUCCAGUGACGCCGUCGCCGGGACUGAGGCCACUGAUUGGGCUCGCUCGCCGAUCUCUCAGCGCCAUCAGCGUGGGCUCCGGCGGGCGCCAGUCCAGGCGCAGCUCGGGCGACGUGUCCGCUGCCUCGGCUGCAGAGGGCUUCGCGAAGAAGAAGGCGCGGUCGUUCCUCGAGCCGGACUCCUCGACCGCGGAGCUGGACCCCGGGCUGCGGCGAGGGCUCACGGCGACCAGCAUUGUGCAGUCCGACGUCAGCAGCAGCGUGGCCGGCAGCAGCGGCCGCUCUGGCCGCGCCUUCUGCUGCCCAGCCUGGAUAAAGAUCAAUCGCAUGCGCCUGUGGCUGUUUCUGGAGGAGCCCUUCGUGGACUGGAAGUCCUCCGCGCUGUCCAGCGUG